GUGGAAUGUGGAGAAUCCAGUGCCUAUUUUUUCCUUUCGUAUCUUGAAUUUCCUUCGUAACUAGUGACAAUAUUUUUCCGAGGAGGCGUUUAGUAACCUGAAUUUUUCGUUACUGGAAACGGUGUUAGCAACUGAAGUUGGAAAGAAUUCAGAGACAAAAAAGGGUGAACAUACAGGAUGACUCUGACUGGUGGAGGGGCCACGAGCAGCUGAGAGGAUUCAAAACUGAUGCGGCAUCGGCAAGAUUUCUACCCAACUGAUCAUGUCAAUUCGGAGCUGUGUGGAGCUUUGCAGUCAGGCCCUGAAUGAUGACAACCAAGUGCACAGGCGAGGCGAAAAAGCAGAGGACAACCAGGCUUCAGUUGUCCAGUUGAGUCCUGCACAUUAUGUCAUACAGGUUGAGUUGGCAAAAGAUGGACAGAUGAAAGUCAAGGGGAAGGGGAAGCCGACUGGUGAUGACAAAAGGAGAUGUAUCCAGAUGGCUAUUAACAAGACGGCACACAACAGAACCUUAGGUGCAUGCCUCCAUAAGUCCUUUCCCAGGACCUUGCUGAUGUGGUCCUAUCCAGUUAGGAAAGAGGGACAGUAUCCCGAGGAGCCUCGAGGUUCUGGGCCUUUCUUCUUCUUCGGAGGCACCAAUGGGGCUGAAAUAGUGAGCGCUUACUGUGAGCGAAGAGGAUGGCAGAGGAUUCACAACAAGCACAGGGAGGACUUCAAACUCAAGUGGUCUGAGACCAAAUCUCCACGCACCUACCUCAAUUUCAGGGAAGGAGAGCAGCUCGUGUAUCAGAUCCCCAACAACAAAGUGCUCACCACCAAGAUUGGCCUGCUCAGCAGUUUGAUGGCAUAUGAGCGAGUCAGGUGCAAAGUCAACCAUGGCCAAGCGCUUAGGAAGCUGAAAAUGGAGGAGUUUAUUCCUACAACCUUCCGUAUGGAUGUGAAGGAAGAGCGGGAGGCUUUCUUUGCUCUCCAGGGGGGUGCGAACAACAAUUCCAGUCAAAUGUGGAUCUGCAAGCCCACGGGUCUGAACCAGGGCAGAGGGAUCUUUCUGCUGAGAAACCUGGAGGACAUUGGCACCUUCAAGCUGAAGCUGCAACGCUUGGACGACCUGCGGGCCAGCACCAAAAUGCUUCACCGCCAGCCGCAGGCUUAUGUCGUCCAACAUUACAUCCAGAGGCCUCUGCUGCUAAGAGGAAAGAAGUUUGAUGUCCGCUCUUACCUCCUAAUCGCAUGCACGUCACCUUACAUGGUCUUCUUUCGCCACGGAUACGUCCGACUUACCUGUGACCCUUAUGAGCCCAGCUCCAAUAAUCUCUCAGACCACUUGACCAAUCAGUACAUGCAGAAGAAGAACCCAUUGUACAGUCAGAUGAAGGAAGACACCGUGUGGUCCAUGGAGAGCUUCAACGCCUAUGUCAACAACUGGUUUCAGGUUGCCAAGGCUCUACCGAGGGACUGGGUGCUGGGGGCCUUCACGACGUGCAUGCAGCAGAUCAUGACGCAGUGUUUCUUUGCCGUCAAACCCAAGUUGGACCGGAGGCUGGGUUUCUUCGACCUCAUAGGUUGUGACUUCAUAGUGGACGAGGAAUUCAAGGUUGGUUCGGGAUCCAACGAGUAUAUGUCUACUGUAUUUGAAAUCCAAGUCUUAUGUGGAAAAAAAAUAAAAAUAAAAAUAAAAAAGGUGUGGCUUUUGGAGAUGAACUGUAAUCCGGCUCUCCAUGUGAACUGCGAGGUGCUGAAGGAAGUGAUACCCAGCACUGUAGAGGAGACACUAGAUUUAACUCUUGAAAUCUUCAACAAGUGUCGUCUCAGACAGCAGAUCCUGCCUUUGGCCUGUCAGGGAUCGUUUGUGCUCUUGUACAAUGGACAUUGUAGCUCGGAUUCCAGAGACAACAUUGGAAAAGGUCACAAAGUCUCCAAGAAGAGCCCAAAGACCAAACCCAAAAAGUCGCAUUGUAGUUCCAGCUUCCAUCAGAGGGCCGUUGUGACUGUGAAACAAUGAAAAUAUUUCAUGGUCUCAUCAUAUUUACAUCAUCAAUAUAUGAACUAGUUUUGGAAUCAGAACACAAGGGUAAUGUGUUUUUCAACUAUUCAUGCUUGGGAACACAAAAAUGCUUGUAAUAUCUUAACUUUAUCAUUUAUGAUAUAUGCCAAUGUGAAAUCUUGGUCCAUCUUUUUACAAGAAUCAUGUAACUCGACACUCUAGAUUUGGCUUCGCGGGCCACAUAAAAUCAUGUGCUGGGCCGAAUCUGGCUCCCAGGCCUUGAGUUUGACACCUGUGGUCUACAUCUCUGGAUAGCGCUUCAAAUAUGACCACUUUGCUCUGUCCCGGGUCAGCGGGCAGCGCUUCAGCGGUUUGAGUGGAAGCAUCCAAGUCCUUUGGCAAGCAUGUGCACCUUGCAGCAAAAUCCCGUAGGUGAGGAUGUGUUGAAACAUCCGGAAAAACCAACGAGAAAAUAAUGAUUUCAUGAGGGUUAUAUUAACUCUGAGUCAUAAUCAUUAACAUUAAAAGAAAAAUAUUUCACAGUUUAAGAAAUCCAUACAAACGUAUUACAGUUUUUUAAUUCAAAGACUGGAAUAUCCUUAGUGUCUGAAUUUGACACCAGAAAAGAGUGUUGUUAAUUAAUCUAAAAGUCCUCUUAAGUGUCUUUAAAACUGACGAAGACUUUAUGUGUUGUUACUCAGAGUUGUGCAGCGUUUAAAAUCACAUUGCAAUGUUUAU